AUGCGUUCUAUUCUGGUUGCAUUGGCUGUAGGCCACGGCACGGGUCCUGAAUUGUUGGCCGUCUUUCAACAGGUCAUUGUGGCACUGGCAGCGCCAUACCAACUACAAAUUCAAUUCGUCACAUCUCCACGAACUUACCAUUCAUACUCGUCCCUGUUGGCCAUCAACGACACCGAUGUCGUGAGCUCAGAGACGCUUCUAGAUGCCGAUCAUUAUGAAGAAUAUUGCCGCCAGGUCGUUGCCCGUGGAGCAUGCGCCAUCUUUCGCACAUCUAUCAGCGCGCAGGCGCUGUACAUGGUGCGAGACCGGCUGUUUGCCGUCAAAGUCGAACACUUCGAGCUGAAUCCGUCUACAUCGAUCUUGAUGAUACGAGACCAAGCACAAGGGUUUUACUCUGGAUUGAACACGAUUGAUGCUGCUCAAGAGACGGUCUCACGGUCCACUUACUUCAACAAGAAAGUCUUCGAGCGAGUUCUUCAAUUCGCUCUUGCGCGUGCUCGUGAGACUUGGGGCAAUGAAACCGAGAUCAGAACAGUCACGUUGGUAUACAAGUUCCACCUCUUCGACGGGCUGUUCUACACCUGGGCCAAGGAAUGGCAAAACUCCCUUGGCGUGGAGGUGAAGUUUGUGCAGGGUGAUACCAUGAACCGAAACCUGCUAGCCUUUGGAGUCAAAGGUCGACAGCUCUGGAUCUGUGCCAAUGAGUAUGCCGACAUCAUGCAAACAAUGCUUCUGGAUCGCUUUGGCUUCGGCGCGCAAGAGAUGGCGUGCGCCGAGAAUGUCUAUCUCUCAUCCGCCGUUGGUGGGGCCCUCAGUGAGUAUCAGACAGCGCAUGGCUCCGCAGACGACAUCACCAACAAAGGUGUGGUGAAUCCCUCCGCGACCAUUCGCGCGGCGGCCGCGCUACUGGAGCGCCAUGGGGGCUGCCCGGGGGUCCACCACCAAAUGGACGUGAGUCUGGACGAGCUGCAUGCCAAAAACAUACGAACGCCAGAUCAAGGUGGCACCACCAGGACGAAGGAGUUUGUGGAUGCAGUGCUGCAGACUAUCGGCCCGAAUCUCCCUGUUAAACCCGGGGAUCCGCAGGGGUCCGCCAUGGCUAGGGAUCUGUUCAGCCCGUCGUGGGUCCCUCGCGGGAACAAGACGUGUCUGCUUGUGGUGGAUUUCCAAAACGACUUCAUGACUCAAUAUAAGAACCCACGAGUCAUGAAUCGUGUCAAGGAAAACGUCCCGCGAGCGGUGGAGUGGGCGCGACGGGAAGGGAUCGAAGUCGCUUGGGUGCGAUUCCUCGGGGACGAGAAAUACCAAUCGGCGACAUGGCGACAGCGUAAUCAAGUGCAACGUCGGCGGGCGUGGUGUCAAGAAGGGAGCUGGGGCGCCGAGAUCGCCGACUGCGUGCAAUCGCAAGCACAUGAGCGGGUCUUUGACAAAAAGGCCUACUUCGAUCCCUUCCUGGGGCCGGACUUUGCCAGCUACACGGCUGACUUCCAACAAUUUGUGGUGGUGGGCCUGUUUGCCGACAUUUGCGUGGACGCGGUGACUCGUGGCGCCUUCCAGCGAGGCUUAUGGACGACGGUGAUCCGCGAAUGUACCGCUGGCUUACAUCUUCCGGAGGAGCAGAGCUUUGCGUACAUGCAGCUUGUGUAUGGAAGCGAGGUGGUCGGGAUCAACCAGCUGCUAUCGACAGGGCCUAUGGCGAGCCUGUAG